AUGAAGGCAUAUCUCUACGACAACCUCGAGGGCGAUCAGCGCCUGCCUCACGACUCGGGCAAGGCCGUGGACGUCGAGGACCUGCAGCGGCUGGGCGUGCUCUACUACCGCAUCGGCGACAUCGCCGGCGUGGACAAGCUGGCCUCGGAGCGCGGCUACAAGAACCGCGACGAGAUCACCGUCUCCCCGGACAAGAUGGGCGACGUCUACGAGGCCAAGGUCAAGUCCUUCUUCCACGAGCACCUGCACGAGGACGAGGAGAUCAGGUACAUCCGCGACGGCGCCGGCUACUUUGACGUCCGCAGCAAGGGCGACGACUGGAUCCGCAUCCAGCUCGACAAGGACGACCUCCUCAUCCUGCCUGCCGGCAUCUACCACCGCUUCACUACCGAUGAGUCCAACGCAAGUCCCUUCCGGGCAUCUCCAACCCGCGACUCCAAACAGACGGAUAUCUCAGUUGUCAGCCCCGUCAAUCUCCCUGUCAUAGUGAAUCCAAGGGUGCUUGGGCCCCUCGAACCCCUUCAUCGCCCGCUGGCACCACCCCAGCCCGUCCUGGUAGUGCACCGCCCUCUCCGGCGCCAUCCACUCCUGCCCCACGUGCUCCCUGUCCAGGCUGCCCAGCGGGAACUCGAGCAGCGUCUCCAGCCCCUCGCGCGGCGGCCGCUUCGUCCACACCUCGAGCGGCGUCAGCGUGAACGCCACGAACGUGCCGCACCGGCCGCAGAACGCCCGCGCCGCCGCCGGCCCGCAGUACUCGGCCCGGUACCACCGCACCCAGGUGCCCCUCGCGCCCUCCCCGCCGUGGACCAGCACCUCCGCACCGGGCCGGUACGCCGCGGCCCUCUUACCGUCGUCGACGACCUCCGGGCCCGCGAGGCGCGUGCCCGUCGCCGCCGUCGAGGCGUCCUCGGGCAGCGCCGAGACGGUGACCUGCGACCCGCCGCAGAUGAGGAAGGCGUUGGCCGGCGCGCCCGAGUAGGCGCGGCAGCUGUCGCAGUGGCACCAGACGCUGAACGGCACGCGGACGUCCGGGCCCGGGGCGGAGUCGUCGCCGCCGGGCCGCUCCGGGAGGGUGACGUACUGCGGGCGUUGGUCUUUGGCCGGGACGGCGAUCCGGUAGCGGAUGGCGCGGCAGUCGCAGCCGCCGGUGAGGUUGAAGGCGUGGUCUGGGAGGGGCAUGUCGACCAAGUUGAGAGGGGUGUAUGUCUGUCUGCUGGGUGGGAUCUUUGUCUAUGA